GGCCCGCGCACGUGGUGGGCGGGACUUAGGCCGCGACCCUUUCCGGGAUUGCGUUCGUGACCCCGAACCCGGCCGUGACCCCCUCUCUGGCGGCGUCCUGUAUGGCCCGGCACGUGUUUCUCACGGGGCCCCCAGGUGUUGGGAAAACAACUUUGAUCCAGAAAGCCAGCGAGGUUUUAAAGUCCUCCGGGGUGCCCGUCGAUGGGUUCUACACGCAAGAAGUCAGGCAAGGAGGCCGGAGGAUAGGAUUCGACGUGGUCACGUUGUCCGGCCUGCGGGGACCCCUGUCUAGAGUGGGGGCAGGGCCUCCGCCGGGAACAUGGGAGUGCCGGGUCGGGCAGUACGUGGUGGACCUGACGUCCUUUGAGCAGCUGGCGCUUCCCGUCUUGGACGCAGGUGUCCGCAGCAGCCCGGGGCCAAGAGUGUGCGUCAUCGACGAGGUGGGGAAGAUGGAGCUCUUCAGCCAGCCCUUCGUGCAGGCUGUUCGGCAGACCCUGGCCGCCCCGGGGACCGUGGUCCUGGGCACCAUCCCGGUCCCCAAAGGGAAACCGCUGGCCUUCGUGGAAGAAAUCCGGAGCCGGGCGGACGUGCAGGUGUUCAGUGUCACCAAGGAGAACAGGAACCACCUCUUGCCGGAUAUUGUGAGGUGCGUGCAGAGCGGCGGGAAGUGAGUGAUGGGCUCGCCCGCCCGUCCAGCAGCCCUGCCCGAGGGCGCCGGGCCCCCCGGCUCUGAACCGUGUGGGUUUCCGCAGGGAAAGCCUGCAGCUGUUUCCCAUAAAGGGUUCCGAGGGCGA